AUGUCGUUUCAAACUCCCGCGGAUUCGCCCAACCACAUUGAAAAUCAUGAACAAGAAAUUCAAGGGCUCGACGUCCACAUGCAGGAAACCCAGCUCAAAAGCGUCAACGCUUCUUGGGCCUCCAAGGACUCAACGUCGAAUUCCUGUCUUCAGCUACUAAUCUGUUACAAAUGCCAACGCCUCCUUUCAAAUCCCCAUACUAUUCGAUGCGGAGACACCUUUUGCGCAAAGUGCCUGCUCGACGUACGAAAACAGUCCAGGAUUGAGAAGGUAGACGGAAAGGAGGUGGAACACAAAGAACCCACCUACGAGGAAUACAACUUGCUCUCACCUAAAUGCCCGAAAUGCAACAAGAGUAUCUCUUUUCGGCCAAUUCCCUCGAUGUAUCACGAGCGAUUAGCGGCGAACUUUUCUGCUCGAUUCGGUAUACCACGGUCUGCUCCCGUGAAACUCGAGUGGCCGCAACCUCAUCCGAUGAUGAUACAGAUGGCGAAAAUGAGAUAUCUACAAGGUGAAGACGACGACGACGACGACGAGGAUUACUCGGAUGAUGUGUAG